ACGAUCAUCGACCUUUGCACUUUGGCCGGGUCGGCAAGACGGCAGCACAAAUUCGUGUUCGGGCGCUUGUCAACUUUGGGACGCUUCCUAACAGCAAACGACUCUUUUCCUCAGUCUUCCAACAGAUUGGGUGUACGACGGAAGGCAUGGAGCGCAUGCAGACGAUAUUCGGGCACAUUUCAGUGCCAAACAGGGCCCAAAACCAAUCGUUUUCCAGCCUGGCCCAGAAUGAGGUGAAAGGUCGAUUUGCAGAGAGUGAAGACGACGUUGUGAUCGUCUCUGCACUGAGAACUCCGAUCGGCAAAGCGGCCAGAGGAUCUUUUAAGGACACAACCCCAGAUGACCUUCUAGUGUCAGUGCUGAAGGCUACGCUGGAGAGGACCAAUGUGAACCCUUCUGAAAUUGGGGACAUCUGUGUGGGUAAUGUUCUCCAGCCAGGUGCAGGGCCAGCGGUCUUCAGAAUUGCCCAGUUUGCAGCAGGCAUCCCAGAGACUGUCCCUCUGAGCGCCUGUAACAGACAGUGUUCCUCAGGACUGCAGGCUGUUAUGCAUGUGGCCAACAGUAUCAAGGCAGGAGUCUGUGACAUGGCUAUUGGUGCAGGUGUGGAGUCCAUGAGUAAGCGUAAGCAGGGUGGGGAACCAGGUGACCUGAACCCUGACAACUUCAAGUUCGAGAAGGCCAGAGACUGCAUUAUUCCCAUGGGGAUCACCUCUGAGAAUGUAGCUGAGAGGUUUGGAGUGACUCGUGAGACACAGGACAUGUUUGCAGCCAUCUCUCAGCAGAGAGCCUGUGCUGCCACAGAGAAGGGUUUGUUCCAGGACGAGAUUGUUCCUGUCAAGACCAAGGUAGUACAAGGAUGACAGGAGAGGGAAAUCACCGUGACCAAAGAUGAUGGUGUCCGCCCAGGGACAACCAAAGAAAAACUGGCCAGACUUCCAGCAGCUUUCAAAAAGGGAGGCAGUACAACUGCAGGUAACUCCAGCCAGGUGAGUGAUGGUGCAGCUGCCGUCCUGGUGGCCAGGCGGUCCAAGGCCCGUCAGCUUGGCCUGCCGGUGUUCGGUGUGAUUCGCAGCUACGCUGUGGUUGGUGUGCCUCCAGAUGUCAUGGGCAUCGGACCUGCCUAUGCUAUACCAGAAGCACUGAAGAAAGCAGGCCUGUCUGUUGAUGACAUUGAUGUCUUUGAAGUGAAUGAAGCUUUUGCAAGCCAGGCGGUGUACUCCGUAGACAAGCUGGGGAUCCCCUGGGAGAAGGUGAACCCUAACGGUGGGGCCAUCGCCCUGGGGCACCCCCUGGGGUGUACCGGCAGCAGGCAGAUCGCCACACUGCUCAAUGAGCUCAAGAGGAGGGGCAAGAGGGCUUACGGAGUUGUGUCCAUGUGUAUUGGAACAGGCAUGGGGGCAGCAGCAGUCAUUGAGUACCCUGGGCCUCAGGCCUGAAGGAGCCAUGUUAUUCUUCCCAGUCUUUAGGUGAAAUUAUGGCUCUUUACAAGCCAACAAUUAAACACUCUUAUUAUAGGUCUGUCAGAUUCUGAAUCUUUUACAAACCUACAAUUAGAAUAAUAAUAAACACUCUUAUUAUGGUCUCUAUCAGAUUCUGGAUCUUUACAAACCAACAAUUAAACAGUCACUCUUAUUAUAGGACUCUAAUAUUCAACAGUUAUGAAAAAUAAGUACAGCAAUUUUUAAAGCAAUCUUUUAAUGAAAGAAAAUUUCAUGCAAGUUCACCUUUUUCGUUGGGUUAACCUAUAUCUUAUUUGCUUUAAAAAACAGGUUAUUUAGGAUUAUCAAGUCUAUGGAUGGCGGUUUCAAAAGUACAAUGUUUCAAAAUAAAAAUGUAUUACAGCUUGAAGACACCGUCUGUUGACUUGAUCUCUAAAUACCAUAUUUUUGAAAUCAACAGACAAUGUAGGUUACCUCGUGGAUAGAGGUCAACCAGUGUUACAAUGAGAACUACUGUUACUGUUGAUGUGUUGUAAGCGGAUAGUAGAGAGAAAGACACACGUCAGUAACAGUUUUAACAUGUGAAUGAUAAACUAUCUGUAACAGACCGUUUAUGAUGGACAGUCUAUAAAGAUUUAAGACAACUUGACAUGAUGUCUGACAUCCUUUGCAUACACCAGCUGAUGUGUAGGAAAAUGAUGUGUUGAAGCACAGUGUCCUUGAGAUAAAAGAAAUGUACAAUCUUCAUGGUACAAAGUGAUUACAAUAUUCUCAAGGAAUUAAUUUUUUUACACAAAGGGUACUGAUAUUUAAUAAGUGUGCUAUUUGCAAUACAAUAUAAUAUCAAUUUCUAUACUAGGAGAAGGCACAAUCAUGUAAUUGUUAAUACCUAAAAUAAAUGAUAUGGUGUAACUAUACAAUGAGAAUAAAUGUGUAU